AUGAGUGAAAUAUUUUUCGAGGACUACCAGGUGGCAGGACUUAUACGGGCUAACCCUGCCUUUUUGGCUGCUUAUAAGUAUCAGUCUGAAGCUGCACAACGGAUUUCGCGAUAUUCCUUGAUCAUUGACAGCGGCUACUCGUUCACACACAUCGUCCCCAUGGCGGACAAUAACAUCAUGAAGGAUUUCGUUUUAAGGCUCGCCAUUGGCGGAAAAAUAUUGACGAAUCGAUUAAUUGAAAUCACCUCGUAUCGGCAACUAGAUGUAAGGAGCGAAGUUUAUAUCAUGAACCAAUGCAAAGAAGAUGCCUGCUUUGUGUCAACAGAUUUUUGGACGGAUCUAUCUGACGCCAAAUCACGCGACCCCGCAGUGAAUAAAAUCGCUCGCGAGUACGUCCUGCCCGACUACAUUGACGUGCAUCGGGGCUACCUGCGCAGUCCCACAGAGAGACCCAAAGACCCCGGUGACCGAGCACGUCUCCAGGGCUACACGCUGAAGCUGAGCAAUGAGCGAUUCACGGUGCCCGAGCUCCUCUUCCACCCCACGGACGUUGGCUACACCGAAAUGGGCAUCUCUGAGGCCUCGCAGUACCUCCUCACAGAGAGGCUGCCUCCCGCUGUUAGACCCGGGGCUAUGGCCAACAUUCUGCUCAUUGGAGGCAGCGCCAAGUUUCCUGGAUUCAGUGACCGAGUGUAG